GUUUACGAAAUCUAUACUUGUAACCAUCCAGCCGAGUCGAAACUACCAAGUCGGGAAGUGGGGACCGCACGUGCAUAUGGGCUUCCUUCCUGUGGUCCUGCGCUGCUGGAAAAUUGUUUGCGUUUAUAGCACGCCACGUACGUACCCUCACGGCUAUUUUCGUCAUUACAUCUACGAAAGUAGGUUCAUAAAUGGUGCGGAAUUUACGGAUACGCCCUUGAACGGGGAAUGGCGUGGCGUGCGACGAUAGGUAAACCGAAGGUGACAUUCUAGCGUUAGCGCCUCCUAGUCAGCAAAGACCUCAGGCGGCAAAGGGAUCCCAAGGGGCUCACACGUGGGGCCUUGGUCAGACUUUGGAGCCGAAGUGGAUCCCACACCGAACCCUUUAAAAUCUCACGCACAGCCCUAAAAGCGCCAAAAACCCCAAAUUCUUCCACACUUCUUUAUCUCUCUCUCUCUCUCUCUCUCUCGCUCAGCACCCCCCACUGAGCGUUCAAAUGAUGGCAAAUGACAAUUUCAAGCAUGAAGAUAAGCCACCUGGCUCUUCUUCCCCACUUCAAUGGAGUGAACUUGGAUUCCCUUUUAUAAGGAACGAAUCUUUUAACUCUUCUGGAGUUGUCAAUGCUGCUGGGGCUAAUAAUCCCACUUGCUCAUCAAUACCAUUUUCCCCUCUUCCUUCUGGUGAGAUAGGCUUAACACCUCAAUAUUACAGAACAGGAAUGCCACCUACUAGUGUUAAUUUGAUCACUGAUGUUACUCAUUUCAAUCAAUCUUCCAAUCCAAAUUAUGUCCACGAAGCUUUAUAUGGGAACGAUAACAAUCCAGAUACUGAUGUUUCUCAUUUCAGUCAAUCUUACAAUCCAAAGUAUGUCCACGAAGCUUUGUAUGGGAAAGAUAACAAUCCAGAUAUUGCUUUUCCACGAUUGGAAGGGGAUAUGACUCCAUUGUAUCAAUACCACACUCCCAGUUUUCCUGUGGCUGCUAGUAAUGUGAUAAAUGCUGCCUCCCAUGUCAAUAGUCCUCAGACUCCACAUUUGAAUAAUCAAAUUUUUACAAUGAGAGGUAAUUCAGCUCCAAACUUACAGAUGGUUAUGCAGAAUAGAGAAGUAAACAGUAGUCAUGUUGGCAGGCCUUGGAUACUUAGAAAUGUUGCAAACUCUGGUGGUAUCACACCUGUGUCAUGCCAUACCCUAGAUAAUGAUGAAAUUGGGAUGAAUAUUAAUACCAUGAUUAGUGCAGCUCGAUCCAGUUAUCCAGAAGAACUCGAUGGGAGUUUCCUAACCCUUGGAAUUGGAAGUAAUACAGAGGCUAUAUCUAAUUCUAAUUUUUCUGGAAGAAAUGUUGGAGGUAGUAAUGAGAGGGCUAUCCUUCCUCAACCAAAUACCUUCCAUGGUCAAAUUCUUAACCAAGGUUCUUUGAAUCCUGGUCUUAACAUGGCUGGUUUUCAAAACAACGUGGAUGGAUGUUACAUGCUACCAGGCAAUGAAGAUGAUUGGUACUUUCCUAACGAUGAUCAAAAAGGUGUAUAUGGUAUCGAUUCAGGAUCAAUUUGUAACCCAUCUUGUAUUAUACAAAUGCCACACGUUGAUGAGCCACGUCACUAUUCUAUGGCAAGCAACAAAAACCUAGGUCUUGGAAAUGGAGGAAACAAAAGUACGGGAUUUGCAGGUCCAGAUCCCAUUAAUGUCUUUAAAGGUUACUCAACUUUGUCUUCGGUACCAAUAGAAGGCAAUCAAGUUGGGCUUCCUGAUUCUAGACAGAGUCAGGCAAUUGGAUUGCCAUUAACCUCUUCACCAUGUAGGAAGAGUUCUCGACAAGUGUAUGACCAGCCACAAAAUCAUUCCAUGGUUUCUCCUCCUAUUGGGGUCACAGGAAGCACUUCUCUGAAGGAUCAGCUUGGUAGUUCUAGUCGACCUCAAGUUAUUGUUCCUUCUCGAUCUUCUAGGAACCCUGUUGGAGCUGUGACAUCUGGACAAGAAAUUCUGGGUGCAAAGGUGACUAGGACUUCUCAGACAUCUAAUGCUUUUACUGGAUCCUCUCUUAAGAGGGGUUCAUUACAACCUUCUCUUGCGACUUAUCGGGGCCAUCCUAAAAAAACUAGGACUCCUGCUUCAUCCUUCCCAAUUAUGUCCCCGAGUCCUACAUCCCUCCCAAAUAUUUCUGAGACUGCUCUCACAGCCAUAGCCCCUGCUGCUUUAUCUCUCCCACACCAUUCCCAAAGUGAUAUAUCACUCCCAGACCCACCUCAGACUGCCUCAGUUCUCCCACCCCAACCUCAGACUGCAUCACCAUUCCCACCACAGCCCUCGAAUUCUCCACCACUCCCAUCCCAACCUUGGAACUCCCCACCACUCCCACCCCAUUCCUGGAAAUCCCGUCCACUUGUACCCCAGCCUCUGGCCACUUCAUCUUGCCCACCUCAAGCCCGGACUGCUCCAACAAAACGACUCCAACAACGGACUGCUUCUCCUCGCCCACCCCUACAGACCUCAUCACGGACUGCUCCAGCUGUUCAUAUAAAAUGGCAAGGUUUCAAUCAUGCCCCUCAACCAGUUGGGCAGAAAUGUUUCUUAUGCAAGAGGGAUCUUUCAUAUACAGCAGAAGGCCCUGUUUACAUCCCCACUGUUCCACCGCCUGUUGCCAUUCUACCAUGUCGGCACACCUUUCACGAUCAUUGCUUGCAGCUCAUCACCCCUCAGGACCAAGUUAAAAAUCCUCCAUGCAUUCCUUGUGCCAUGGGUGAGAGUUAAAUCCAGCUAUGCCUGCUCAUUAUGCAAAUUCGUAAACUUGAUUUUUGAUAUCCAAAUUUUGUCAGUUUUAGUUAAGAAUGAAGAAGGGGGAAAAGUAAUGAAAUUCGUAGAACAUUCAGUGAAUGAUGAAGGUGAAAUUUGUUAAUUGUAUAUAUGGCUGGGAAGGUGAUUUUACAUAGGCUGUCAAAAAAAAGUGUAUAUAGUAGUAAACACUCAUUUUGAUCAAAAUGAUAUGCCUCUCUUCUGGAAAAGUUCAUAAUCAAAGUUGCUACUUAUCUUCGUGGUAUCAUUAUCACUAAA